AUGCUGCAGUUGAAGGAUAUUCCCACUCAUCUACCCAGGAAAGAAGACCAAAGAAAACUGUGGAUAUCUGAUCACGCCGAUGUACUCUUCGAGUAUCCUUUCAACCCACGAGACUUUGCAAGGGCCCUCAACUCAGGCAGCUUCUUACCACUCAAAUCGUCAGCCUCAACCAGACUAUCUUCAUCUCCCUCUUCAUCUUCAUCUUCAUCUUCAUCGUUAAGGCCGGAUAUUUCAUCCAACUCACUAAGUUCCGGGAAGAGAGCAUCCACAUCAGACUCAUCAGAUAGAGCCUCCUCCUCUUCAUCAGCUUCCACCUCUAAAUUACUCAUCUCACUUUCUUUCUCCAAUGCCGCUCGUUCUCGAAUCUUGGCCUGCACCUUUUUGAAUAGCUCGACAAUUUCUCUUUCUCGGGCGCCUGGAGUGGCAGUGCCCCGGGAGCUCUGGUUAGAGGAAACGGAAGAGAAGGCCCCGUUUUCUGAAGGGAGAGUACUGGUGUGGGUGGAGUUGGGUGAUAGGCCGAGUGCUCUCCCUGAAAGUCCCGAGAACGGAAGAUAUCGGCCAUCGGGUAGGCCAGAUCCUGCAACAAAGCAAAGCAAAUUAAAGAUUUCCAUUCCUCCAGUUGAUAUGCCUUUGAUGAAGAGAUCCCAUUCUUGA